AUUCACGAAUUUCCGGCCAGCUCAGCGUACGGAGGAGUGUUAUCAAGCUGUAAUCCAGACAGACAUUUUUACAGCUGUGUUAUCUGUUCCACCACUUAUCAAUUUUCAUCAAACCUGACAUUACAGCAAAAUGGUGCUGCUGACCAUGAUCGCGCGACUGGCGGAUGGACUGCCGCUGGCCGCUUCAAUGCAGGAGGACGAGCAGAUCGGUCGAGACCUCCAGCAAUAUCAGAGCCAAGCCAAACAGCUGUUUCGCAAACUGAACGAGCAGAGUCCCACCCGCUGCACCUUAGAGGCUGGCUUAAUGGCCUUUCACUAUGUCAUUGAGAAAGGAGUUUGCUACCUGGUGCUUUGUGAAGCCGGGUUUCCUAAAAAGCUGGCCUUCGCUUAUCUUGAAGAUCUGCAAGCAGAGUUUCAUGAACAACAUGGCAAGAAGGUGCCUACAGUCUCCAGGCCAUACUCCUUCAUAGAGUUUGACACAUACAUUCAGAAGACCAAAAAGUCUUAUAUCGACAGUAGAGCGCGCAGGAACAUGAGCAAUAUUAACACAGAGCUGCAGGAUGUACAGAGGAUCAUGGUGGCCAACAUAGAAGAAGUUCUACAGAGAGGAGAGGCCUUAUCUGCAUUGGACUCAAAGGCCAGCAACUUGUCCAGCCUGUCGAAAAAAUACAGAAGUGAUGCUAAGUACCUGAACACUCGCUCCACGUACGCUAAGCUAGCUGCAGGCGGAGUCUUCUUCAUCAUGCUUAUCGUAUACAUACGGUUCUGGUGGCUGUGAGGUCAAGGGGAAUGCGUGAAUGGGAGAGGGGCUCUUGAGAAAAUUACAGGUGAAAAGCAGAUGGACUCUCAAAACAUCAACAAGUUCAUGUUGUGUUUUAAGGCCUCGAACUGUUCUUAAAGACUGCUGGAUCCGACGAUUUCCCUCCUAGCAGGCUGUAAAGUCCCUAACCUGAUUUUCACUGGUCUCUGUUUUAUGAACUACAAAAGUUUGUCUGUGCUUGAUUGGAUUGUGGAAGGAAAAUGUGUUUGUUAGUGUGUGACUGAAAGAGUGAGAAUGAAAGAAAGUGUUGUCCUGUAUAUGUCUGUGUAAAAGAAAAAGCCCAUCCUGUCAAGUAAUCUUAUAUACUAUAUAACAGUACAUACAACAGCAGUGUAACCCAAAUCUAGGAAUUAAUUAUUCAUUAACAGAUCUAUGUUAAUUCAGAUUUGUAUUUUAAGCACAUUUUGUGGGAUUAGAAGGGUAGAUCACCUAAAAAUCAUUUACAUACACUCACUUUGUUCCAAACCUAUAAGGCACUCUUUCCUCAGUGGAACAGAAAAGUAGAUAUUAGGCAGAAUAUUAUCCUUAGUUACCAUUCAUUUACAUUGUAUGGAAAAAAUAUGCAAUUAAGGUGAAUUGUGACUGCAGAAGAACAUCAUAUAGGUUUGGAACACAUGAGGGAGUAAAUCAUGGCAAAGUUUUCAUUUUGGAGUAACAAUAAAUUUAAUGCUUCUUGGGUUUUGGACAUUUGUAAAGACUUCCUUCCAGCGAGGAGGUGUAAAACAAGAACAAACAUAAAACACGUGUGACAUUAAAACUUCAAUCCCACCAGUUAUCUGCACAAAAUCUAACCUAGUGAGGCUCCUUUUUUCAGAUAGUAAAAAACUUUCAGCAGAUUUGCAAGGAUUUUUCACUUCUGAAAGCCUCAUGAAAUAGUGUUAUAUCAAGAAAGCCAUUUCAAAGUUGUCUCAGAAGUACUUUUGUUACAAAUCUGAGUUUUGCCAUUUCAAAAUGGACAUGCCAUCAUUUUGAAACUUUCGAUAGUUUUGUUGGUAUGUAUGUUGCACUACACUUCCACUGAAGCGGGGAUAUUCGUGGUGUUGUCCAAUUACUUAAUACAGACCUGAUCAUUGGAGUGUGUCAGGAAUAGUGGUGGGCUGCCACAUUUUCGAGAAGUAGAUAUUUGGGUCUAUUUUAUAUGAGUAGUCCAAUGUAGUCUACAACAAUGCUUAUCUGUGUCUGUUGCACUACCCCUUUGCAUGGUUGCAGAUAACUGACCAGGGUUCCUGCAGCUUUAUCUUUCAGAGUUUACAUUAGAUUGUGUUUCACUAAAUGCAUUGAAGAACUAAACACACAAUACCUGAUCAGUCAUCAUUGUAUCAACUGGAUAAGACUGACAUGCUCAUCAAAAGGGCUUUCAUGCAGCUCCCGUCACCGAGCCUCCAGUAUAAAUAAAAUGAUUAA